AUGUCAAAGAGAGUUGCUGAAGAAGACCUCAACGGUCAAAACGCUUCAAGUGCAAUCAAAUCAAAUGAAAAUUCAGUCCCCACGUCUGCGCAAAGGGAGUCAUUGGAAGAUGAGAUGGAUGUUGGUGAUUACGAAGAUCCAUAUGGAGACGAUUUUGAAAGUGACGAAGACAUCAUUGAAUUGGACGAAGAGGAGGACAACGACGAAGAAAUGGAUGAGGAGGCAGCCAGCAAGAAAAUUGAAGAGCUUGAAAGAAAAGAGCAAGAACAACAACAGGAGCCGGAAUCGGCUAUUUACUUACCACACAAGUCCAAGCCAUUGGGCCCAGACGAGGUGUUGGAAGCGGACCCUACUGUUUAUGAGAUGUUGCACAACGUCAACUUGCCUUGGCCUUGUUUGACAAUUGACAUUUUGCCAGAUAAUUUGGGCAAUGAAAGGCGUACUUAUCCUGCCACUGUAUACUUGGCAACGGCAACUCAAGCAGCUAAAUCCAAAGACAACGAACUAAUAGCUAUGAAAGCAUCAAGUUUGGCUAAGACCUUGGUCAAGGACGACAACGACGAAGAUGACAAUGAUGAUGACGAUGAUGAUGACGAUGAUAUGGAUUCGGAUCCUAUUUUAGACACGGACACCAUUCCCUUGAAGCACACAACAAACAGAAUCAGAGUCAAUCCCCACUCUCUGCAAACUGGCGAAUAUCUUACAGCCACAAUGUCUGAAAACGGGGAUGUCUAUCUUUUUGACUUAGCUUCUCAAUUCAAGGCGUUUGAUACCCCGGGGUAUAUCAUUCCCAAAUCAUCAAAGAGGCCCAUUCACACAAUUCGUGCUCACGGAAACGUGGAAGGAUAUGGUUUGGACUGGUCGCCAUUGACAAAUACGGGAGCUUUAUUGACUGGUGAUGUUAGUGGAAGAGUGCAUUUAACAACGAGGACAUCAACAAGUUGGGUCACAGACAAGACUCCCUUUUUUGCUUCCCAAUCUUCAAUAGAGGAUAUACAAUGGUCAACUGGAGAGAACACCGUUUUUUCCACCGCCGGGUGUGAUGGGUACGUGAGAAUAUGGGAUACGAGAUCAAAGAAGCACAAACCUGCGUUGUCUGUCAAAGCAUCCAAUUCUGAUGUUAAUGUCAUUUCGUGGUGCUCUAAAAUCAACCACUUACUAGCGUCAGGACACGAUGAUGGAACCUGGAGUGUGUGGGACUUGAGAAACUUUACUCAACCCAACCCAUCACCAGUUGCCAAUUACGACUUUCACAAGUCUCCGGUCACCUCAAUAUCUUUUAACCCGUUGGAUGAGUCGAUCAUUGCAGUCAGCUCCGAGGAUAAUACUGUUACAUUGUGGGACUUGGCAGUAGAGGCAGAUGACGAAGAAAUUUCGCAACAAAGAAAAGAGCUUAAGGAAUUACACGACAUUCCACCUCAGUUGUUGUUUGUGCAUUGGCAAAAAGACGUCAAAGACGUGAGGUGGCACCAACAAAUCCCCGGGUGCUUGGUAUCUACAGGAGGGGAUGGGUUAAACAUUUGGAAAACUAUAUCUGUAUAG